AGCUAAAAUUAACAAGACCCAAGCAGUAUUGUUUCAAAAGCAAUUCACACACUAGACACUCUCCUACUACACAAAAGAAACUUGCCUCAAUUAGUGAGUGUUUUUUGCACAUCAUGGAGAAUAGAUGGUCAGAGAAAAACUUGGUGAAUCUGCCAGAAAGUCCAAAAGCACCAAUGGAAUUCUUGUCAAGAUCAUGGAGUGCCUCUGCUUUGCAAGUAUGCAAAGCCUUAACUUCCUCUUCUGCUUCUUCAACAUCUCCUUCACUUCUUCCUAAGACAAAUAAUAACUCCUCUGCUAAUAAUAAUGCAAACACAAACAGUAGUGGUAGUAGUACUGUUGUUGUUACUAUACCAGAGAACAUGGUCUCUGUUGAGGAAGAAGAUUCUGCUAAUAAGCUUGCUGGAAAUACAUUCUCUUUUGCUUCCUCUGCUACUUCUCAACUUGUCCUUGAACGCAUCAUGUCUCAAUCCAUGCAUAAUGGGCAGGAGAUAUCACCAUUAACAUCAGGAAGACUGUCUCAUAGUAGUGGACCUCUAAAUGGUUCUCUGACUGAAGAAACUGAUAGUCCUCCCGUCUCUCCUUCUGAAGAGUUUGAAGAUGUUGUUAAGUACUUGAAAGCAAACAGUACUCUGCAACCAUUAUUCACAAAUGUGAGGAGCGGAUACAGUGGAUCAGCUGUUGGGCUAGCACCCAACACCCCUGGUGGUAAGACAGUAGGGAGGUGGUUAAAGGAAAGGAGAGAGAAAAAGAAAGAGGAGAGUAGGGCCCAGAACGCGCAACUCCAUGCUGUCAUUUCAGUAGCAGGAGUUGCUGCUUCAGUGGCCGCAAUUGCUGCAGCCACCGCAUCAGCAUCAUCCACGGGCAAAGAUGAGCAAAUGGCGAGGACUGACGCUGCUGUCGCUUCAGCAGCAAUGCUGAUCGCGGCGCAGUGUGUGGAGGCUGCUGAAGCAAUGGGAGCGGACCGUGACCAUCUCAUGUCAGCAAUUAGCUCUGCUGUCAAUGUUCGUUCUCAUGGGGAUAUAUCAACUCUCACUGCUGCUGCUGCUACAGCAUUGCGAGGGGCAGCAACAUUAAAGGCAAGAGCACUGAAGGAAGUAUGGAACAUAGCAGCAGUAAUUCCAAUAGAAAAGGGAAUUAGCGGAGGCACAGGUCGAAACAGUGACCAAAACCACAGCAACAAUGGCAAUAAUUACUGCGAGGGACUUGACAUUGAAGAGAACUUUUUGGGCGUUUGUAAUCAAGAAUUGCUGGCUCGGGGUCGCGAGCUUCUCAAGAGAACGCGUAAUGGUGAUCUUCACUGGAAAAUUGUCUCUGUCUAUCUUCAUCGAAGUGGAGAGGUGAUGCUGAAGAUGAAAAGCAAACAUGUGGGGAAAACCAUCACCAAGAAGAAGAAAAAUGUAGUACUAGAAGUUUACAAGAAUGUACCAGCAUGGCCAGGAAGGCAUUUAUUUGAGGAUGGAGAAAAACGUAGGUAUUUUGGAUUGAAGACAGAGAUACGUGGUGUAGUUGAGUUCGAAUGCAAAAACCAAAGAGAAUAUGAGAUGUGGACUCAAGGUGUUUCAAGACUUCUUUCUAUGGUGGCUGAAAGAAAGAAGAGAUUUCAACACUAAAUAAUUACUAUUAGUAGUACACUAAUGUGUUAAUUAGUACUAGCUAGCUAGUUUGUGAGCCAGUACUAGAUUAAUUAGUUCUAUGAAGGUAGAAUAUUGUAUAAAAGUUUUGAUGUGCUUAGCUUGUGAAAAACAACUCUAAAACUUCAUUAUGCAUGUAUUAUAUUCUCUAUGAUUAGACCUCGAAGAAAUUAAGUUGUAAUUCCCGUCACAAA